AUGUGGAUGUUUAUCAUCAUGAUCAGUGUCAUCAUCGUCAUCAUCAUCGUCAUCAUCAUCAUCAUCAUCAUCAUCAUCAUCAGCAUCGUCGUCGUUGUCGUCCGCCUGCGUCGCCUCUCGGUGCCCGGAGCUGCGCUCGGCGUGGCGCUGCUCAGCGCCUCCCGGCGUGCCUCCCUCGCAUUGCAGGCGCCGCCGGUACCUCACGUCCGUCUGCGCGCAGAGGGCGAAGGCUCCUCCCUGACGGGUGCUCUGGGCUCCACGGAGCUGUGGCUCCCGGAUCCGACGCCUCUGCGGGAGGCAGUGCCUCCGGCCUUCUCGAUGGACAAGGUGCUGGCACUGGUGAGCCGAGGCGAGGCAAAGCGUGCCGCGCAGUGGCUGGACGGCCUCAUGGCCCGGGGCGUGAUGCAGAAGGAGUCAGCCCUUCGCUGCUACGGCAGUGUGGCUGUCGCCUUCGCUCGGCAGGGCGAGGCGCUGGCGGCACUGCGGCGCCUGCGAAAAGGGGCGGAGCUGGGGCGCGUGGAGGCCGAGGUUUUUCGGGACGCGCUCGGCGCCUUUGCGAAGAGCCGACCAGGUCCUGACGAGAGCAGCUCCCCGGUGCAGGGGUGCCUGGCGCUUUUAGAGCAGAUGCAGAAGGAGGGGCAUCGGCCCGACGUGGACUGCUGCAACGCGGUGCUGCGGAGCUUAGGCCUUCGGCAGGGCGCGCCUGCCACAGCCGCAAGUUGGAUGGAGAAUGAGAUGCCGCUCCUGGGGGUGGAGCCGGAUGACGAGUCGGUGGAAAUCCUCGUUGAGGCCUUCUUCCGACAAGGGCUCCGCAAGGGCGCAGCGACAUGGCUUGCGCGCUUGAGGGGCAAGCCAUCCGAGGAUUUGCUGGGAGUGAUGCGUGAAAAGCUCAAGGAGACGGAGGAGGAUGUGCUGCAGUACUGGCUGGGCCAGCCCAAGUUGGCGGGGUUGCGGAGGAGCCGUGGCCUGGUGCGGCGGCUCCUGCAGCUAAGCGAGGUGGCGCAAGCGGAGGCCUGGCUUGAGCGCUGCCUGGCAGAUGGCUUUGAGCCUGACAGGCUGUGCUUCACCGACCUGGCGCGGGAGUGGCUGCAGCAGGGGGAGCCCAAGCGUGCCGCUUUGUGGCUGGAUCGUAUGGUAGCAGAAGGCCUUUUGCCGAGCCGGGAGGUGACGGCGCUGGUUCUCGCAGCUGGCUUGGAGGCCGACGCUUCAGACUCGGAAAAGGCAGAGGGGGACGCCACCCAGCGGGUGCUCCGGCUGGCGCAGAGUGGCCGCGCCAGUGAGGCCUCGGCGCAGCUCCUGGAGGCCCUGGCCCAGGGCCGCCUCGUGCAGGCGCCUGCCUUCGAGGCGCUGCUGGCGGCCUUGGCCGCCGGAGGCCGGGCCGAGGAAGCCAGCGAGUGGUUCCAGAGGAUGCUGGCGUGCGGCAUCCAGCCAGGCGUGAAGGCCUGCUGCGCGCUGGUGGAUGCCCAGGCGGAGCCGCGGAAAGCCGCGGCCACUCUGCGGCGCCUCGAGGCAGAUGGCUACGCCCUGGACCACUUCGCCUACACAGCCGUCGUGGCAGCCUUCGCGGGCCGAGGGCAAUGCGAGGAGGCGGAGGCUUGGCUGGUGCGGCUGGAGGAGCGAUUCAGCUCUGACCAGGCGGCUUACAACGCCCUGCUGAAAGGCUUGGUGAGGCGCCGGAAUUUCACCAGCGCCGAAGACCUGCUGGGCCGCAUGGCGACCCGCCAGCUGCGGCCGAACGAGAUUUCGUACACCACGAUCCUUGGCGGUCUCGCGGAGUCUGGGCACGCGGGCCAAGUGGCCCAGUGGUUCGAUCGGAUGCGGGCCGCGUCGCUGACGCCCAAUGCUGUGACCUACAACGCCAUCAUCGGCGGUUUGGCCAAGCACAAGCUGGAGCAGGCAGAGGAGUGGCUGCAGCGCAUGAAGAACAGCAGCAUUGAGCCGGAGGUGCAGACCUACAACAGGCUGCUGGCAGGCUGUGCCGAGCACAAAGACUUGCCUCGAGCUGAAGCAUGGUUCCAGGAGAUGCGGAAGGAGAAGGUACCAGACGCUGUCUCCUACAACACCAUGAUCAAUGUCUGUGCCAAGGUUCACUUUGCGACACUCCAAUCAGCUGCACACGAGCUGCAGUGCAACAGAAGAGAGGAGCCUGCACCGGCGGCUCAUGCGGCCCAGAUGCGCUUCCGGCUGGCAUGGCCGCUGUGUUGGGCUGCCUUUGGGCAGGACCAGCGGGCAGCGCUGGGCUUUACUCACAUGUACACCAUGGCGGGUAGCUCCGACGAUGUUCUCCUUUGGCAGCCGCAUUGCCGAAAUCGCAUAUGUGACGAGUUCAGCGUGGGGGACGGCUACUGUCUCAUGAGGACCUCCAGCCACAGCGGCAUGGAUCGCCUGAAGCUGGUGGACCCCGAGGAGAUAAGGCGACUGGCGGCGGGCCCACCGGUGUGGCAGGUGGCCUCGAACUGCCGCGUGCGGGGGUUGGAGGGCACCAGCAACAGGACCUCCUUGGAAGCGUGGCCGGUGAAGGUGCAGCUCUUGCACUGCCCCAAAACCGUGCCGCUGGCCAUCCUCACGGUGCCAAAGUGUGGGACAACCUCCACCAUCAAUUGGGUUUUGCAAAUGGAAGGCGAAGAUCAGAUCCGCUCUCUGUAUAAUGGCGGACGGCUCUUCCUGCAUCGUCAAGGCCCUGGAGAGUUCAUGAACCGCUUCGUGGUCAAGGAAUUGAUCCGCGCUGCCGAGCAGGGCGCGAUCCCGAAUUCCAAGCUGAGCAGCGAGGAGUUCGGAAACCAGAUCAUGUAUCGCGCGCUCCACCGCUACAAGCCUGGCUACGAAACCUAUGACGAAGCUGUCACGGUGGAGCGAGAGUUCCUGCCUCCUGCGCACAUGUGCCCGCUGUGCUGCAUCUAUGGGAGGGACCGCCAGCAUGUGGUGCUGGCCAGAAAUCCCUUUGUCAGGGUCAUGUCCUACUACCGCUUCAGCUGGCUGAACAACCCCACCUGGGGCGCACACAGAUGGACCAGCUGGCCAGGCUACGAGGACUACGUGCGGUUUGUGCUGAACAUCCGCGACACCAUGCCGGGAAAGUUUGCGAACCGGCUGCAGUGGGCAAAGAAUGCAGAGAACACCUGUCGUCAGGCGCAAGACGAGCGGGUGCCGGGCACCGCGCUCCACUCGUGGCUGUGCAAGACGGUGUACCUCACGCUCUCGGCCGACGACAUUUUUCAUCUUCGGCCCGUCAGCGACAUGGUGAGGGACAAGCGCUUCUUGGCGGGCCCGCAAAUCAUGGACGACAUGCUGGUGCUGCACCUGGAGACACUGAAGCAGGACAUCGCUGGCCUGGAGGAGACCCUUUGCAGCAGGUUUGGCUUCUGCAAGGGCUUGCCGCCCUUCCCAUCAGUGCUGCCUGGAAAAAAUAUCCGUGACAGCAUGAUGGAGGGCGGAUCGAAGGAGCACUGCUCCUUCAAGGAGGCUACGCUGCAGUGGCGCAACUGCACGGCGCCCCCCUGGCUGCAGCUGUGGACGCCAGACCUCACGGCCCUGGUGGUGCGCCACUACGAGGAGGACUUCCGGUGGCUGGGAUACGCCACGGAUCCCGCGCACCUCUUGCCGGAAAAAGAAAAGAUGCGGCGGCUGGCUUUUAACAGCGCCGGCAUGAACGAAGUGGCUGAGCCUCAAGUGGCCCUGAAGUACCUUCGUAACUUGCAGCGGCAGAACUUGAGGCCCAACAUCGUGGCCUGGUCCUCCAUGCUUUCGGCCUGCGCCGCGCAGGGGGGGCCCGAGGCACAGGACCUAGCGCAGCGGAUCGUCCGGGAGAUGCGGGCGGACCAGGUGCAGCCUAACCUCUACACCCGCUCGGCUCUGCGAAAGCUGUUCGGGAGCAGGGCAAACAGCUUGCUAGGCAAGCUGGCCGAGGCUGGGGCAGAGAAAGCGGUUACGAUAUUAAUGCUCUUGCUGAUUGUGACGCUCUUGCUGCUGCUAUUGCUGUGA